AUGGUUUUCAACUCUAUUUUCAAUAUUGGUGCCGCUGCAGCUUUAUGGUUUCACCACGCUCCCGAUUAUCCGGGUGGAUACUCGAGAGCCAUACGAGGAGGAGCCGCAAUGUCUUCUGCAGUCUUCUUUAUCAGUCUUAUAGUUAUUGGUGUGUUCUGCUAUCAAUAUCCUGCCCACCCAUCGUUGAAAGAUUUAGGGAAUACACGCAUUGGAAAUUUCGGACAGCCUAAAGAAGGAUCCAAGGAGGGCGUAAAAAAGUCCGCGGAAGGUAAGAAAAAGAAGAAGAAGAAGUCCAGUGAAGCGAAGAAAAAAGGAGACAAGAAGGGUUCUAAGGAGUCUCAAGAAGUUUCCGCUCCAGGGAAAGCAUCUGGUGAAGAAACGGAAGGCGACAAGCAGAAGACUCCCUCUAAAGAGGCCAUUCCGGAUGCAGCACAACAGGAACCGAAGCCUCCAUCGUUAAAGAAAGAUCCCAAUCAAAAGGAUUUCCAAUAUUUCGAGCCACCUAAACCACCCGAAGAAGCGCCCAAUCAACUUGAGAAGCCGAGAGCACCAGGAGAAGGGGCUCAGGAGUGA